AUGUCGGUAAAUCGUCCAAUGAGGCCAAACUACUACUCCCGUGCUCCAUAUCCCCAUGAACCAUAUACAAUUCAUGAUAAUUCAAGAAGGGAAAACUUUGGAGGUAGUAGCGUACAACACCAAGAUUUCGAAACUUCAGGUUCGGGUAGUGAGCCUCAAACUCCGGGUAGUGAGCCUCAAACUCCUCAACAUGAAAUCAGUGAAGAGGACAACAUCGAAGUGGUCGAAAAAAAUAAUAUGAAAGGGAAGGGCAAAGGUGAAAAAAGGCUUAAGUGGAGUCCAAUACAAGAUACAGAUUUGUGCUUUGCUUGGUUAACAACUUCGAAUGAUGGUGUAAAGGGAACUGAUCAAUCGUUCAGUAAUUAUUGGGAAAAUAUUGUGACUUACUACAACCAAUAUAAGAAGGAGGGUCCAGUAAUGACCCUAAAUCAAGCCUCCAAUCAUUGGUACAAAAUGAGUGCCGAUGUUUCCAAAUUUAAUGGUUGUUACAUACAAGUGGCAGAUAGCCACCCAAGUGGUCAUGAUGAUGAUCAAAUCAUGGCUAUGGCCUUGGAUCUUUGGAGAAGUCGUUACGACAGGAAAUUUGCUUAUCUACAUUCUUGGAAAAUUCUUGAAGAGCAACCGAAAUGGCAACAAUUUGCAAAAAAGGAAGAUCGUUCUUCAAAGAGAACAAAGAAUUCUGUCUCUGGUACGUACACUUCAUCAUCCUCAAACCCGGAUGCUAGCGAAAACGAUAAUGUUGUUGAGGUUAUGGAUGUUAGACCACCAGGUCAAAAGGCAGCUAAAGCAGCAACAAGAGGUAAGGGAAAGGCAAAGAACAAAAAGACUAAUCCAGAAGCUAUGGAAACCUGGAGCAAGUUUGAAGAGCUGCAAGCUAAAAAAAUGUCAUUGUAUGAAGAACGCAUUCGUGUGCAAGAUUUUGAGCUUCUGUGUAAGGACACUUCAAACUUGGACGAAAACGCUCGAAAAAAUCAUGAAUCAGUGUGCCAGUACAUUAGAACUAAGUACGGAAUUUAA